GCUGCACUCCUGCACUGAGCCACUGUAGGCAAAUACAGCGGAGGGAGAACAGAACAGCUUCUGUGGGUGUGUGUGUAUGAGUGUGUGUGAGUACAUGAUACACCGUUCGGCUGCAUCAUGGACACAGAAUAUUCAAAAAGAGUGUACCAGGGUGUUCGGGUUAAACACACAGUGAAAGACCUGCUGGCUGAGAAGCGAUCCCGGCAGACAAGCGGGCCCAGAUAUACUGGAGGAUCGACUACUCCACCUUCGUUUGUCCAGAUGCCAGGAUCACACAUGCUGCCCAGCUACUACAGCAUGAGACGUCCCUUCAUAUCCGAUGCAGACUUUUGCACAUCCACCAAGCAGUUUCCUUCCGAUGUCUAUUCUUCCACACAACCCUCCUCUAUGAGCAGCUACUCCUCUCUCAUCGACAGCUACUACCCAGAAACCUUUGGUGACUACCGUAGCGCAGCCACCUUCUCCGGCUCUGGCAGCUCCUUCCUGCCCUCGUCAACCAUUUCCUCCCUGUUGCCAACUUUCAACGGAGAUUCACCGCAUUUAUUUCUGCGUGACUCAUGGGACCAGUCGGGAUCUGAGCCAGUGUCCCAGGUGGAGGGCCUCUGUCCGGACAGCCUGGGUUCUGUCAGUGUCCCACCCUCAAUAGCCAGCCCGGAGCCCUCUGGGAGCCCAUCCCAGUAUCGCUCCCCCAGCCGCGGCUCCUCCAUGGGGCCUGUCUCCGGCAGCCAGCCGUACACCCUGCAUUCACUGGAAGACGUCCACUACCACCCUUUGACUUCCGGCAGCACCUACUCUGUGCCCUCCUCCUUUCCCUGCCCCCCGUACAUGAGCAGCAGCGUCAGCGACCUGGUGUCCAAGAUGGUGUCGGAGGACAUGGUGGAGGGUCACAGCGGCCUCCCAGCUGGCACCGAGGCCCACUCUUCGUGGGCUAAGGAGGACGGGGUGAGCCCCUGGUCCCCCUAUGAGCUCCGUAGGGCCUACUGACCUGAGUGUCCAAACAAGACUGAGAGGUCAGAAUGUCCAAAUGAAUGAAAUUUCACAGACCUUUCCCAUGAAAAGCACUGAGCUUGACAUAAAAUGUCAGAGAUGUGUGUGUUUUUUUUGUACAUUCAUCAUCAUUGUUUUACUCAACAGCUAAUAUUUGUACUUUAAUAACAACAGAGUAGUAAUUGGUUGACUAAGUUGGCCAAAACGAUGUGGUAGGAGGAUCACAUUCACUUACUGCAAAGAAGAAAAUAAAGGGUUUUUAUUAUUAUUAUUAUCUUUUUUAAAUUUUUUGUCUAGUUUUCAAGCUUGUAUUAUAUGUAAAAAAGAUUGGAGAAAAUGGCAACUGAACCUGAAACUGACACAAAUAAAAUGCAUUUCCAGAUGAAGUACAUCUACAAACUGCUCCACUGACUUCCUACAGAGACGUGAACAAAGUCUCUGCUUUGCUUCUUUUUGGAUGUUUUUAAGUCUCUCUUUGACGUGAUAAAGCAGACAGGAAGAUAUGUUUUGGUUGUAAACAAUACCACACUGUCGAACUAGUUACCAUUUCUUUUUACUUCAUGGAAUUGUAUGUGCCAGGCUUACACAAAGUAGUGCAUAAGUUGAGUUUGAAGUCAAGUUUAUUUGCAUAGCACAUUUCAGCAGAAAGGCUGAAUUGUUCCAGUCAUUAUGAUUCGAAGUGUUUUACACCAUAAAACAAAAUACAAUAAUCAAUUAUGAAACAAUGAACAUUACAUCAUCAAAUAUACAUCAUGUAAACUGAUCAAUAUUCCAUUCAAUAUCGCCUUUGAGUCAUUGUGACUCACAGGCAACUCUAGCCAGAUGGGUUUUAGCUUUAACGAAAAGGAGCUCAAUGUUUCUGCAGUUUUUCAGUUUUCUGAAGUUUGUUCAAGAUUAGUGAAGCAUGGAAGCUGAAUACUGCUUCUCCAUCUUUGAUUCUGACUCUCGGGAUGCAGAGUGGAAGGGAACCAGAUGACAACUGGUCUUAGUGUUAAAUUCAUAUUUGUAAAAUUCUGAAAAGCGUCUGCCGGUUUGUGAGUUCAGCUGGCCUGAGUCAGUGCUUUGGUGCUGCAGUGAAAACUGUUUUCACUUCAGUUUUCCAGCUUUGUACUAGAGACAGAUUUGUUUCAUCCCUGUUUUUUCCACAGUAACUCAAGUUCAAGUAGAUUGGGAGCUUCCAUCUAUUCAAAUGUCUUUCCGCAGAUUAGACUGAAUGAUUGAUAAACAAAUGUGCUUUCUAGUUAGUUUCUGCUGCACAUUGACAUCAAUUGACUUGUUUAGACUACAAAACUACCAACAGGACUUCAUACUUUCUGUCUUUUCUUACCUCUGUUCCUUGUGGAGCGCACAACUAACAGAUCUAGUUUAGGUAGAUGAUGAAACUUUGGUAGGUUUGCGCUUGUACCAUCUUCUAUGUUCAGAUGAUGGAAUAGACAGAUUAAACUGGAUGUUCAAAGCUUGGCAUGCUGUUUUAGAACCUAACUGACCUGUCUGCUGUAUUCCUGGAUCUGUGUGGAGCUUUUUCUUGUCUAAUGUUGUCAAGCAAACCUCUGAGGCCUUUAAGGAACAGCUAAGUUUACAAGUGCUGGUCAUAAAAUUAGAAUAUCAUGCAAACUAUGAUUUAUGUCAGCAAUUCCAGUCAAAAAGUGAAGCUUGUAUAUUAUAUUCAUUCGUUACACACACAUUUUUUUUCUUGUAAUGUUGAUCAUUAUAACUCACAACUAAUGAAAACCCCAAAUUCAGUAUGUCAGAAAAUUAGAUUAUUACUUAAGACCAAAACAAGAAAAGGAUUCUUAGAAAUGUUGGCCAACUGAAAAGUAUGAGCAUGUUCAGUACUUAGUUGGGGCUCCUUUUCCCCAGAUUACUGCAGCAAUGCGGCGUGACGUGGAGCCGAUCAUUCUGUGGCACUGCUCAGAUGUUAUGAGAGUCCAGGUUGCUCUGAUGGUGACCUUCAGCUCUUCUGAAUUGUUUUGUCUGGUGUAUCACAUCUUCCUCUUCACAAUACCCCAUAGAUCUUCUAUGGAGUUGAGGUCAGGUGAGUUUGCUGGUUAAUUAAGAAUAGGGAUACCAUGGACCCUAAACCAGGUACUGGUAGCUUUGGCUCUGUGUGCAGGUGCUAAGUCCUGUUGGAAAAUUAAAUCUGUAUCUCCAUAAAGUUGGUCAGCAGCAGUAAGUGCUCUAAAACUUCCUGGUAGAUGGUUGCGCUGACCUUGGACCUCAGAAAACACAGUGGACCGACACCAGCAGAUGAAAUGGCAACCCAAACCAUCACUGACUUUGGAAACUUUGACUGGACCUCAAGCAACAUGGAUUCUGUGCCACUCCUCUCUUCCUCCAGACCCUGUGACCUUAAUUUCCAAGGGAAAUGAAGAAUUAUCUUUCAUCAGAGAACAUAGUUUUGAUCACUCAGCAGCAGUAAAGAGUCCUUUCUGUCUUUAGUUCAGGCAAAGUGCUUCUAAUGCCGUCUCUUGUUCAAGAGUGGCUUGACAAAAGGAAUGUGACAGCUGAAACCCAUGUCUUAUCUGUGUGUGGUGAGUCUUGAAGAUCUGACUCCAGCUGCAGUCCACUCUUUGUGAAUUUUCCCCACAUUUUUAAAUGGGUUUGUUUUACCCCUCCGAGGUGCAGUUAUCCCGAUUGGUUGUCCAUUUUUUUCCUACCACAUCUUUUCCUUCACUUCACCUCUAUGAAUGUGUUUGGACACAGAGCUCUGUGCAGAGCCAGCUUCUUGAUGUUUGUGUCUUACCCUCUUGUGCAAGUUGUCAAAGGUCAUCUUUUGAACAACUGUCAAGUCAGUAGACAUCCCCAUGACUGUGUAGCCUUUGCAUGUCUUUUGAGUUAAUGAGCUGAUUAGUGUGUGGCACCAGGGGUCUUCAAUAUUGAACCUUUUCACAAUAUUCAAAUUUUCUGACAUGCUGAAUUUGAAGUUUUCAU